AUGUCUGUCUCGACUACAAAGACCACUGUCUCCUCUGCGCUUAUCGUCUCUUCCUCCUCAAUCCCAGUUAUCUCUUCCUCUUCAACUACCACAUCUACAAUUUCCUCGGCACCAAUCUCUUCUUCUUCUAGCACAGUCAUCUCUUCCUCAACUCCAGUCGUCUCUUCCUCUCCCAUUUCAAUCUCAACACCAUCGUCUUCGCCAUCACCCUCACCCUCACAACCAUCAAUCUCCUCCGCCUCAACAACCCUCACACCUCCAUCUCAACACACAGUCUCUCAAACCCUCUCCCCGUCCCACAUAUCCGCAGAACCAUCUUCUCUCCUACAAAUAGCCACUCCGAUUGCCAUUCCUCCUCCUACAGGUACUUCUAUAUCUCUCCUCACCCAACUCCAAGAAGCCCUCGACUUCACCUCCACCCUCCUCGGUCUCUUUUUCGUUUCCCUCCUCACCCUCCUCUUCAUCUACUGGAGCACGCUCUACAUCUUGCGAAAACCGUCGCCCUGGCCUACUGACGGCGUCCAACUCGCCGGUCUCGGGUCCGUCCCCGAUUCCGAAAAAGAUAAAGUGGAGCAAUAG